AUGAUCCAGGUGGUCGACCGCCUACGGAUUGCUGCCAAGGAUGUGCAAAACUACAUCGACAGGUCGCUGCUCCUGACACAUGGCUUUGUGCCAAUCAUCGAGAGCACCUAUCCUUGCCAUGGUGGCAACAAAGCUGUUUCGUUGGCGCACAGCCUUCACUUAGGGCUGGGCCGUGUCAAGGAAGCAGUGGGUGGUGGCGGUGCAGUUGGAGCAGGUCAUGCCGUGCCAACCGCUGGGGCUGCCGACUUGCUGGCCGACACCGAACGAGCACUGGGGUCAGUCAUUGGGCAAGCACCCGACGGCUUACAGCCGAUGCUGGAGGAGAAAGAUUCACAGGAAGAAGAGAACGUAGUGAUGGCGGCAAUUCCUGCAAUUCCUGAGCCAAUGAUCUACCCCUUGUCCGCCAGCUGCAGGAGAUGGCGAUGUCAACGGCAAGGUGAUGUCCUGAGAAAACUGCGAAGUCAGUUUCAUAAGGUUUCAGAAUAG